CAAUUUUUUUAAUAACUAAGUUUAGGACAUAUAUACAAAGCACCUAUCAAUUCAACCCUACCCUAUCAAACCUAUGGCCAGACAAAUAGAUACAGUUCCUCACGAUAGCAUUGAUAACACUGGUGUGUCAAUCAUCGAUUCAGAGGCCAGUCAGGUAUUGUCAGGUAUUAUCGAUAGGGUAGUCGAGGACAACAACAACAACAACAACACUACACAUGAGACAGCCGUCAAACAGGUAUUGGCAGAUAUGGUCGACAAAGUUGUUUCAGAUGAUAAUCACCAGUACAUCGAUGAUCAUAGGCCUGAACUGAAUGCCACUCUCAUACGUCGACCCCGGGCUAGGAAUAGGACAAAAACAAUUGAAACGGAUAGGUAUAUACCACCACCUCCAUCAUCACCGGCACCGGUACUUAACAGGACUAAGUCGACCAAUCAAUUGCCUAAUCAAUUAUCUAAUGAUUUCUAUGGCCAACUGCAGACUAAAACUACUGGACAGCAGCAGCAGCACCUCCUACUGAAUCAGCUUAGGAUGUUAGCUCCCAGACCACCAACACAACAACAACAAGCAUUUAUGACUGGUCCCGGGCCACACUUGUUUAUGAGUGCACUGGACGGCUAUUAUCAUCAUCAUCAUCAGGGGACGGGAACCGGUAGUCAACAACAAGUGGUCAACAAAGGUGAGCUAUUCCAGCACAAUGUCGACGACAAUAAUAUUCAGUCCCUAACGGACAAUGACUAUCAGCUACUGUGCCAGGAGUUGGCCAACUAUGGCCUGAUUUUAGGCCAGGAAACAAUUGGCCAAGGUAGAUUUGGAUCGGUAGUUAUCGGUACGUACGGUCCAAAUUUAAGCAAUUUGAUGGCCGUCGAGGCCGAGUAUCUUAACAGUGGACUAGUAGGCCAACGGUUUGCAGCCAAAUACAUACACUUUACCGGUAGUACCCGACCGUUUCAACGUGCCCGACUCAAUAUGGAGAAGCUAGUAUGGAAACAUUUAGGCCGACAUCCCAAUUGUCUAACCUAUAGACUGGCCAUUAGUUUAGGUCCUGCCCAACUGUGUACAUAUAUGGACGACAGUUUCCUAAGUUACGAUCAUACAUUGUUGAUUAUGGACUAUGCUGACCAUGGUGAUUUAUUUGAUUUUCUAACCAAUGAUAAGUCAGUGUAUACAGUGGGCACUUGUAUCCAGUUUAUGCAAGAUUUGUUACAUGGACUCCAGUAUAUACAUGGUUUAGGUAUUACACAUAGCGAUAUACAUACGGGUAAUGUAUUGAUUUUUACUACUACUACUACUACCACUACUACUACCAGUUUACUACCAGUGCCGGGUAUACCCGGAUAUGUGGCCAAAUGGUCUGAUUUUGGAUUGUCGCAGAUCCAGGAGCUGGCCGGCCAUCAGUAUCGUACCGAUGAUCAACAUCGACGCUAUUUGUGCCGUGAUCUGGCCAGUUUGUCCGAAUUGUUUACCGAUACACUGAUCAAAUGGGCGACAGCUAAACUACCGUCGGGUGAACACUACAACGACCAGCACCCGGAGCUGCUGCUAUUGAAGCCAUGGACUCAAUUAGCUGAUGAUCUGCUAAAAAUUGACGGCAAUAUCAAUGUAAUCUAUGACCGAUAUCCAGAUUUAAUUUAGGAUAGGUUAGUCAUAGGAUAGGUAUAGGUAUGUAUAUAUAAGGUAUAGGUGUGUAUAACUACUACUACCUGGGUAAUUUGGUUAUUUGUUUUAUGAUACCCCCCAACCCCUCCCAGUGAUGAUCUAUCUGUUUUUAGUGUAAAUAAAAUAACUAUAUCAU